UAUGGUCCGGGUACCGGUCACUGUGAUUGUUAAUUUCUCUGUGGUUAUGUGUGGGGGUGUCGGUGGGUACCGGUACGUGUGUAAAAUAAUUUUAGGUAAGAAACUGAAGAUUUCGAGAAAAUGCCAUUUCACUUUUACCGGCCGCAAUAUUUAUAUUGUAUGUUUAAAAGUCUUGUAUUGUAAUUGACCUGCAUUAAAACGUGAUAUAUAUUAUCUGAGGUGGGAACUAUGAUAUACACAUGAUAUAGCAUGGGUAGACUAUUCCAAUCUAUCACUAUCUUAUACUCAUAUACUUCGAAUGUUAACAAAAUGUAUUAUUUUUAUGCAUGCAUUAGAAUUGUUAUAUUUAGUUUCUGAUCUGAGUAAGGUUGAGCCGACUGAUCAUGAAUGAAGAUUACAUUAAACAAACAAAUUCAACCCAAGCCAGUUUGCUUAUGACAUCACUCGAUAGCUUGAGAGAACAAAACAUUCUCUGCGAUUUCGAUGUGAAAGUUGGUGACAAAUCCUUCUGUGCUCAUCGCUGUGUCUUGGCAGCCUCGUCAGGAUACUUCAAAGCGAUGUUUACAAGCAAAAUGAAGGAAUCUCGUGAUGGGUUUAUCAAUAUGAAGGAUGUCGAUCAGAAUGGAAUUUCUCAAUGUAUAGAAUUCAUGUAUAAAGGAGUGGGAAAUUUGAAAAUGGAAUACGUUCAACAAAUCCUGCAUGCAUCCAACCUGUUACAAAUGGUUGGCUUGACAAACUUUUGCUUCCAUUACUUGAAAACCCAUCUCUCCUCGACCAAUUGUCUUUCUGUCAUCAAUUUGGCUCAAGCGUACGAUCGCCUUGAUAUAAAAGAACAAGCAGAACAGGUGCUUAUCACUAAUUUCGAAUCAGUAAUUUCCUCUGAGAUGUUCCCGUUCAUUAUCAAGCCAGAUCUCCUGCGUUACAUAAAAGUUUCAAAUGUGAGUUAUCAAACAUCAUGGCAAGCUAUGAUAACAUGGGCAAGAGCAAAAGAUGAAGAUGCAGAGAGAUGUUUUGCCGAUCUUGUUCCAGUCAUCAAUAUCCAGACUUAUCCUUUCAAAUUUCUUCUGGAGACUGUGUUGGAAGAACCACUGGUGAAAAGUAAUGGCAUUGCAAAGAAUUCAGUCAUCACUGCAUUAUUCUCUAAUGUCAAGAAUCUUGAGACAAAUCUUGAGAUUGACAGCUGCUUCAUCCUGAAGAAUAUGGCUGAAACUCAUCAAGCUACCAACCCAAAUGCUGUGGAAAAUGUGAUGAAUCAAUUCCUGGAAUCAAAUUUCGAACUAAUCAUUGAGAAAAAGGAGUUCUGUGAUAUCAGCAAGGAUGACAUCGUAAGGAUUUACAAAUCCCCAAAUACAAAAUAUUCUUCCGAGACUGUUAAAUGGCAUGGAGCUCUUAGAUGGAUAAAGCAUGAUCUUCAAAUGAGGAAAAAGAUUUUUCAUGAACUGUUCAGCCUUCUUGACCUGAAAAAAUUUCCCUUAAAAUUUCUGGAAGAAACCAUCCGCUCGGAAACUCUAGUCAAUGACUCUAGUAAAUGCUACGAUAGACUUUUUGAUGAAAUAUUAUCUCGGGCAAGAAAGAGUUCAGAAUCUUCUAAUCAGUCAGUCCAGCAACCAACAUCUACAAGUAUUAGAGCAAAUUCAGUAACUUCCCUGGGCAACACUGCAUCAAGUAGUCACAGCUCUAGGAAUGUCCAAAAUUCAAAGAUGGGAGCAGUGGGUGGAUAUAGGAGUGACACUUCAGAAUCUCAGUCUUCAAGUCAAGCUGCUUCAUCUGGUCUAAGAAUCAUCAACCAACAACCACCUGGUGGAGAAAUGUCAGUGGAAAGAUCCCAUGAAGCACUGCCAGGAUAUAGAUGGUGCACUUAUGUCAUCACUUACUCAUUCCCUGCUGGAAAUCUGAAUGGUGUUUCAUAUGAGGCAAAGAAGUUCACUGAAUAUUUGCCUGCUAACCCCCACCUUGAGAACUUGCUCCGGAAAGCAUUCAAUACAGGAUUGCUCUUCAAGAUUCAGAUAAUUGGAAGCAGCAGAGGAGAAAUAAUAUGGAAUGAUGAAAUUCCUCAUAAGACUAACAAACGUGGAGGCCCAGAUAACAAUGGAUAUCCUGAUGAUGACCAUCUCGAUAAACUUUGUGAUGCAUUGAAGGCGAAAUUAAAGGCAGCAGGAAUUGAAUACUAACAGUAGAUGAUCAACAAUGGACGCUCAACACUAUCCGGACAAUACUAUAUUAAAACUCAUCCAUUGAUUUUGUAGUGUCAUUAUGAAGCCACUUAUAAAUAUUAUAAAGUUCGGUGAACUGCAAUAUCAGUCAGAAUGACUCAGAUAUCUUUAAAGGACAUUUUAUAUAUCUUUAAAGGACAUUUUAUAUAUCUAAAGGGAAUUUUCAAGACAUCUUUAAAAGACAUUUUAUAUAACUCAAGGCAAUUUUCAAGAUAAAACAGCAAACUUUGGGGGUACAGUGAUAAAAAAUAAGUUCCUGUCAAUACCGGAACAGACCCUAAAUUGCCUGAACGGGGUUGAAAAUCCAUCUAAACCUACCGGAACUACCUGUGGCUAUCUUGUAAAAGUUGUGUAGAAAUUGAAAGUCUGCAGAAUUGAAUACUAACAAUACAAAAUCAACAAUGGACGUUAGACUCUACAUGAACAAUAUAAUAUUAGAACCCCUUCAUUGGUUUUAUAGUGUCAUUAUCAAGCAUUUCAUUAUGCCACUUACUGGAUAUUAUAAUGUUUGAUGGACUGCAAUAUCAGUCGAAUUUGGCUCAACCUCUCGUUUUUAUAUCAAACUCUAUACUUACUGUUAAUCAACGUUAAUUAGUCAAAAUUUUCAAAACCAACAGUUUAUUUUUUCUCAAUUUUUAUCGCUUUUGAUCUGUUUUAUCCUUUUAUUUUUAAUCAACUAAUGAUAAUUAUGUAUAUAGUGUAUUAUAUUUCAUCUACUGUAUAAACUAAUGUUUAAUUCAGUUCAUCCUUCCACAUCUGGCUAAUUCCAUUCUAAUUUCAGUUGCCUUUUCCGGUAUUUACUUUUAUAGUAGUAUUUUGUUUUAUUGUUAAUCUUUUGAGUAAGGAUGAGAAGGUUUGGAAGGUCAGAAUUUACAAAUCUGUACUAGAGAAUAAAUGCGUUUUCUUCAUCUUUCUAUUAUUCAUUUUUUCAUGAGUGAGCAAACACAAACCUUUCCUAUUUUAGAAUUAUCCACUAUUUUUUUUUAGCUAAUUUCAUUAAACUCAUGCUCUUGAUUAUAAUUGAACCUAUUCCUAGAUUGACUUCCAGACUCAUGUACUGCCGUUAUGCUGAUUUGGAAGUCAAAAUAUACUUACUUUGCUUGCAUAUUUGACCCGUUUUUCAGGCAUGUCCAUGGGACACAUUUUUCUGUCCCAUCCCAUCCCACGAAAUUCCCAUUGGAAGACAAUUCAAUAAAAAAUGUUAAAUUUAGGUUUGGCGUCUACUAAAUAGGACUAUAUGUACGAAGGGAUAUGCAAAACAACAAAAUUUACUGACUUUGUUAACUUUAAAUUCAUAACUAUUAUACAUGUGUCCAUCAACCCCUUUACAAAGUUAAUUGUUAAUGCUGAAUAUAUUUUGCUCUUUAUAACUAAGAAGAGAGCUGCACCUAAAUAUAGGAACACAAAUCCAUAACGAACUGUCAUCAUUUUCACAAAAAUCAUGCAAUAUUUCAGUCCCACGGGAAAUACAAAUGUGUGCUGUCCCAUCCCAUGGAAAUCCCAUCCCCAUGGACAAGCCGGUCGUUUACAUAUAUUUUUUUCCUCCACUGUUAAUCAGUUCCACCUGAGAGGUAAAAUGACUAUAUUGAUUCAUAUGCCCAGCAUUUAAAAUAAGAAACGAUAAGACAUUUAUGAUAUGUGCAAUAUUCAACCAUAUAUUAGUUAUGUUUGACACAGUUCUGUUAAUUUUCAGGGGGCACUUAUGACUUUAUUAUGCAAGAAGAGAUAUCUAUAAACGAUAUUCUAAUCCGUUAUCAUCAAAAAAUGUUGUCACAUUUGCUUUUUUUGUAGCUAUUCAAGCA